UUUUUCGUUGACUAUUUUUGGUGAUUUAUUCUGCAGUUAAUUUUGUAUCGCGCGUAAUUACCCGGUAGUGUCUACCGCGAAAUUUCAACCGUGUUCAUGCCUAAGGUUGUCUCGUAUGUUCAACUGACAGCAAAUAUCAUUUCCAGUUUUAAAAUAGUGCUGGAUUUUCGGUGUAAAGCGUAAAUAUAAUUAUGGAGCACGAGGAAUAUGCAAGGGAACUUGCUGCUCAUUAUAAAAUUAGUCCUCAACUUCCUUACUACUCCAUUAUUGAGGAGUUAAAAAAUGUUCUUGAUUCAAAGCGUUCAGAUCUGCAAAAGCUGUAUAAAAUGAAAGCGGGGGUUCAGAAGCUGCAAGAUGCUGCAGGUGGCAGUUUUUCUGCUGUCGUUCGUUCAAGCAGUGAUUUUAUUACUGGACCCAAUUUAUCUGGUUCCAAAGAAAGCUACACUUUAGAUCGAAGAUCAAGUCGUGUCACUACUUCGGACGUCAUCAAAGGUAUUAACAGCGACGUGCAAGAUUUGGCAGAGGACAUAGGAGAUUUAGAAACAUCACUCCUUUUGCUAAAACACUACCAACCCACUUUAGACUCUCAGAAUGCUGUGACAAAGUCAGCUGGUGGUGGUGACAGCACAGACCAGCGUCUGGCGGAGUUACAGAAAGCUUUGGACAUUGAGUUGCAGGUUCGCAGUGGAGCAGAGCGUUUGAUUCAAACUUAUAAGUCAGGUCCUCGCCAUAUACUUGAAGAGGCAAAGAAACAGUAUGAAAAUGCUAAUAAUAAAAUUGGAUUUAUUCGUAACCAAAUGAUUCGUGUUAAGCAAAUGAAUGAAGGAUUCUACCAGUCAGAUAACUCUUCCCUUGGGUCAAGUGGCGAAAAUUUAUCUGAUUCAGCUAAAGCGAACGGCUCCAUAGGUUCAGCAGCUUCGAUCUCGAAGAAUCAAGAAAGUUUCCUCAUAUGGAAAGACAAAGUGAUGGAGUUGGCACAUCGUUUACGAGUUGAACGAGCUUUAUUUGCUGGUAGCAGGAAGGCUGUUAACGCUGUUUUGGAUAAUCAAGCCCACGUGGACAAAUACAGAAAAUUACAAGCUUUGCAGGAGGCUCGUGAAUCUCUUCAUAGGCUUCAUUUAUUUCAAGAAGCAAUCAAGCCGCUUUUAAAGCGACCACCACGAACAAAAUCUCCUGAGAUGGCCUCUGCCAUUAUCAAUGACCCUGAAAUGAAUGCAUUGUUAUCCCCACCUUGGUCUAACACUUCGUUUCAUGCGAAUAGUUCAUUAUCGAUACCGAAUCCACCUACUGCAAUUACUGGCAGUUUGGAAGUUCGGUGUUUAGGCUGUCAGGAAAUUGUUGAUAUUUUUCCAGCUGAAAUUGUAAAUAACGAACUUUCAGGCACAUUAUCCAACCGAGGAGUUAAUGCAAUCCCUACAAUUAUUACAUCACGUAUGUCGGAUAAUCACUGGGCGGAUGUUCGAUGCUCCUUAUUGGUUGAUCAUAAGCGUGUGUGGGAUUCACCAUGGCGCCAACCUAACCAACAAUGCUGGGAUUCGAAAACUACUUUUAAUAUCGAUCGAGGCAAAGAACUAGAAGUCCAAGUGUAUUGGAAGCGUAUGUUUCUUCCAUCAAGCUCUUCAUCAGUCAACCCUUCAGCUGGUACUGUUUCCGGCAAAAGUGCAUCAUAUGACGAUUCUGGUUCGGGUUUAGAGUGGGUAUUGGCAGCUGUAAACUAUGUACGUCUUGAGGAACUGCUUGGUGGGGAAUCACGUUCUAUACUGCUGCCUAUGUUGCCAAAGGGAAAAGUAUUCCUUGUCCUUAAAUUUUCCGACCCACUUCUUUCUAAGCCACGUUGCAAUCUACACCGCCAAAAGCGUUUAUUUUCUAAGCGUAAAGGUCAUAAUAUUCCACGUAUCAAUGAACUGGACAUGAAUAUCCCUUUAUGGACUCGUAUGCUUAAAAGUGGUCAACUGUCUAAAAUGACUCGUUCUGUCGGUGGUGCAUCUUGGACACUUAGCCAUCCAACAGAAUAUGGAUCUCAUGGAUCUGUAUUAACUCAUGGUUUAGAAGGUCGCUUUCAACAGUUGAACACAUCUGUCAGCGGUUCACCACCUACUGCUCAGGCUGUUGAUGACAAAUAUUGGCUGACUAUUUCUAAAUCUCGUAAAUCAGAAUCUGAAUUCCCCACUCAAUCAGACAAGUUUUCUGAUACCCCCACCUUUACAAAUACGCAACAACGUCCGUUUAUUUCAAUUAUUCGUGAAUUAGAUAUAUUGGAUGAAAACAAAUUAACAUUUAAUGAGGUUGAAAUAAAAAUCUCACCUGAGAAAACACUUUCGGCUGAUGACACCGCCAAUUAUUCACCAUCUCAUCGUUCACCUAUUGCAGCUAACUGUUCAACCUCUUCAGAUUAUGACAUUGCCCCAAUUGUUAUCGAUUAUGCUAUGGAUAACAAAACUGCUCAUAAACCUCAAUCAUCUCCUCGUGUCUCAGAAUACGCCAAUCCAGAAGAGUUUACUAGCAAAGAAAUGUUUUCCAGUAUGGAUCAGAGUGAUAUCAAUCCUCGCAGUACAGACUAUGUGAAUAUGGAUGUACAUCGAUCACUCUCAGGUCCUGUAGUAUUGUCUACAGAAAAAGAAAAUAAAGAAGUUCCUGCUACAGAAUCUCCACUCACUCCAGUCUGUGAAAUUUCAAGCGGAUUGCCAUCUGAUGAUAAAUCCACAUCAGUACUUAGUAUGAUUGAUUUUCGUACUGUGGCUGUUCUUGGACGUGGUCAUUUUGGCAAAGUUUUAUUAGCUCAAUAUCGUCAAAACAAUCAGUAUUAUGCAAUUAAAGCUUUAAAGAAGGCAGAGAUAAUAUUUCGUAAUGAAGUGGAUACAUUAUUGGCUGAGAAACGUAUUUUUCAGAUUAUUACUGAUGCUCAACAUCCAUUUCUUAUAAAUUUGAUUGCUUGCUUUCAGACAAGGGAACAUGUAAUGUUUGUUAUGGAGUAUGCUCAGGGUGGUGAUCUAAUGCUCCAUAUUCAGCAAGAUGUGUUUAAAGAACCACGAGCCGUCUUUUAUGCUGGCUGCGUUGUUUUAGGUAUCGAGUUUCUUCAUUCAAAGAAAAUUGUCUAUCGGGAUUUGAAGUUGGAUAAUUUACUUUUGGAUUCAGAGGGAUUUGUAAAAAUGGCUGAUUUCGGUCUGUGUAAAGAAGGCAUGGGUCCAGAUGAUCGAACAUCUACAUUUUGUGGUACACCUGAAUUCCUGGCACCAGAAGUCCUUACAGAUUCAUCUUACACGCGUGCUGUAGAUUGGUGGGGCUUGGGUGUACUCAUUUUCGAAAUGCUUGUUGGUGAGUGUCCUUUUCCAGGUGAGAGUGAGGAAGAAAUCUUUGAUAGUAUUGUCAAUCAAGAAGUACGCUAUCCUCGUCAUUUAAGUAUGGAAGCUACAAUAAUAAUGCGACGUCUACUUCGACGAAAUGCUGCACAACGGUUAGGAUCUUCAGCUCAAGAUGCAGAAGAGAUUAAAAGGCAACCAUUCUUCCGAAAAUUAGAUUUUACAGCUCUCUUAGAGCGCAAAAUCAAGCCACCAUUCAUCCCUGUUGUUUCCAAUCCUGAAGAUGUAUCUAACUUCGAUGAAGAAUUCACCAAGGAACGGCCUGUUCUUACACCGGCUAAAGAUCGUCCACUACUUCUGCAUGGAGAUCAAUCGAAUUUUUCGAAUUUUGAUUAUAACUCACCUUCUAUAUAUUGAUUCUCUUAAGAAGGCUUAUCUUCUCCCCAACUCUGAUUUUUUUUUAUCAUAGCCUAGAGAUGAAUAGUCUAAGGCGAAGUAUGCAGAAAAUGGUUUACCCUUUUACAGUCAGUCUUGUUCCAUUCCCUGUCCCCACCCCCUUUUCUCUCAGUUUUUCAACAUCUCCCCACCCUUGAUUUCUUGACUAUAUUUCCCAUUAAUCGCUUAUAGAUGUAUUGAAACUUAUUUCAAGCAAGGCAUUUUUGAAGGUCUCUACUGUCACACUUAUAUCAGAAGAUAUAUAUAUGUUUUACCGACUUGUAAGCUCCAGGACGAAUUCAAAAUAACUAUUGCCACUUCAUCUGGUUACUUGAUGAUAUCUUGAAUCAUUCCUAUGUUUCCUCUUAAUCCUCUGUAUUCCGUUUGUGAAAGCAGCAUUUAUGCUUUCCGAAUUGACCAAAGUCGUUAUUCUUUUAUCCCCCCACCCCCACCUACCCCCUUUUCCUUAGUUACGAUAAACUCUGGGUUUUGUUUUGCGUUUCUCAUCUUUGAUGUAUGUACGGUUUUCUAAUUUUUUUUUCAUCCUUUCUCUUUCUUUCUUCGCAUCACUGUCGGUAAUCAAUGUCAUAGGUGUUUUCGAUGGCCUGUUUCCGAACAAUAUUUUCCCUUAUUCUUGUUGUUGUUGUUGUCCAGUUAGAUAAUAUGCACUAACACAAGUAAAAUUUGUUGUAAAGAUAAGAUAUUGAAGUUUGAAAAUAUAUAUAUUUAUUUUUUGA